AUGCACGUCACCACCUGGAUCCCACUGCUGGCGCCGCUGGCUGCAGCUUACUCGGUGCCGUUUGGCACUGAAUUUGCUCGCCGCCAGCUCCCCCACGAGCCGACGGGCGUGAAGACCAUCCAGACGGCUAACAAUGUCACCAUCCGUUAUAAGGAGCCCGGCAAGGCAGGCGUCUGCGAAACUACUCCAGGCGUCAAUUCGUACGCGGGAUAUGUAGACCUGGCAGAAGACGCGCACACCUUCUUCUGGUUCUUCGAAGCUCGCCAUGACCCGAAGAAUGCCCCGAUUACGCUCUGGCUCAAUGGUGGCCCCGGCAGCGAUUCCUUGAUUGGACUUUUCGAAGAACUGGGGCCCUGCCAUGUCAACGAGCAACUCGAGACGUAUAUCAACCCGCACUCUUUCAAUGAGAUCUCCAACAUGCUGUUCAUCUCCCAGCCUCUCGGAACCGGCUUCUCCUAUGCCACAGAAGAAGUGCAAGUUGUCGACGGCCAUAAGGGUCGCUACCCAGCUAUCAAUGCUACUCUGAUCGACACCACCAACCUGGCUGCUGAGGCUACCUGGGAAGUUCUCCAGGCCUUCUUGGGCGCUCUUCCUAAGCUUGACUCGAACAUCAAGUCUAAGAGCUUCAAUCUCUGGACCGAGAGCUACGGAGGGCAUUAUGGACCAGCUGUGAGUAAAGAGCCUGAAGAUGAUCUUUAUCGGUUCUUCGAUCACUUCUAUAAGGAAAACGAAAAGAUUGCCAACGGUACUGUGGAGGGUAUUCAUCUGGACUUCAAUACCCUUGGCAUUAUCAAUGGAAUCAUCGAUGAGGCAAUUCAGGCUCCUCAUUACCCUGAAUUUGCCGUCAACAACACCUACGGCAUCAAGACUGUCAACGACACUGUCUACAACUACAUGAAAUUCGCCAACGCGAUGCCUGGCGGCUGUCAAGACCAAGUGGCUAGCUGCAAGGCGACCAACCGUACCUCUCUGUCAGACCUCGCCAUUUGCACCGAGGCAGCCGACAUGUGCCGGGAUAACGGCCCAUACUAUGUCUUCAGUGGCCGCGGAACGUACGAUAUCCGCCACCCCUCAGACGAUCCCACUCCUCCUACCUACUAUGAGCAGUAUCUCGAGAAGGGCUGGGUCAAGAAUGCCCUGGGAGUGGAUCUCAACUACACCGGGUCCAAUAACGACGUGUACUACGCCUUCCAGCAGACGGGUGAUUUUGUUUGGCCUAACUUCAUCGAGGAUCUGGAAGAUAUCCUUACUCGCCCGUCCGCGUUGCUCUUAUCUAUGGUGAUGCUGAUUACAUUUGCAACUGGUUCGGUGCAUCGCCACGAAAAAGAGUUCAAGGCUGCCGGUUACGCGCCAUUCCUCGUUGAUGGAGUCGAGUACGGAGAGACUCGGGAGUACGGUAAUUUCUCCUUCACUCGUGUCUACGAAGCCGGCCACGAAGUGCCAUACUACCAACCUAUCGCGGCGUUGCAGCUUUUCAACCGAACCUUGAAUGGAUGGGAGCUGCCGAAUGGCCUGAAGAAGCUAUCUCCGGGCUAUGGCUCAAGUGGGCCUGCUACUGCAACUCACACUGAGUCGUCGGUCGCCUUGCCAUCUUCUACUUCCACUCCGUCGCCUUCUUCGGGGGUAGCUGCCAUGAAGAUCACGUGGUAG